AUGGACCAAAAUGGUAGCUCGAGUAAUGCACCCAAGAACAAGAGAAACUUCCCUGUCUCAGUUUUCUUCAAAGAUGCAAGACAUGUUUUCAAGAUGGAUUCCAUUGCUAAGGAGAUACUUGGGAUUGCAUUCCCAUCUGCACUGGCUGUUGCUGCUGAUCCUAUUGCUUCUCUCAUAGACACAGCAUUCAUAGGCCACUUGGGGCCCGUGGAGCUUGCUGCCGCAGGAGUGUCCAUUGCUUUGUUCAACCAAGCUUCGAGGAUUACCAUCUUCCCUUUGGUCAGCAUCACAACUUCCUUUGUGGCUGAGGAAAAUACCAUUGAAAAGAUCAAUGAAGCAAAGCAGUUGCCUGAAAACAUUAAGGCCAAGUCCAAGGAAGUAAGGCCCGAGGAUCAUUCGAUUCAAGACAUAGAAAAAGGUGCAUCCAAAGAAAACAAUGAGACUCCAACAAAAUCUUCUUCUGCAAGAGGUGGCACAAGCGAGCUAGUGGCAAAAGGUUGUGCCCCUGAGAAUGUGGAAAUGGAUGAUUGCAAUUCAAGUAUAGGCAAAUCUACCUGUGUUACUACUAGUAGUAACAAGAGCAUGUCAAAAGCUGGAAGGAAGAAGCGACACGUAGCUUCUGCAUCAACGGCACUACUUUUUGGCACAAUCCUUGGUCUCCUUCAAGCUGCAACCCUUAUAUUUGCAGCCAAACCUCUAUUAGCUGCAAUGGGUCUGAAACCUGAUUCUCCUAUGCUAAAUCCUGCUGUUAAAUACUUGAGAUUGAGAUCUUUGGGUGCUCCUGCAGUGCUUCUCUCCUUGGCCAUGCAAGGAAUCUUUCGAGGAUUCAAGGACACUACAACUCCUUUAUAUGUUAUCGUUUCGGGGUAUGCAUUGAAUGUCGCCUUGGAUCCAAUUCUUAUCUUCUACUGCAAAUUGGGCCUCAAAGGUGCAGCCAUUUCACAUGUGCUCUCUCAGUACGUGAUGGCAUUGGCCCUCUUGUUGAUAUUAACUAGAAAAGUGGAUCUCGUACCUCCAAGUAUUAAGGACUUGCAGAUUUUCAGGUUUCUUAAAAAUGGAGGUCUUUUGUUGGCAAGAGUAGUAGCUGUGACAUUCUGCCAAACCUUGGCAGCCUCAUUGGCAGCAAGGUUUGGCCCAAUUCCUAUGGCUGCUUUCCAAACCUGCUUGCAGGUGUGGCUUACAUCUUCCCUUCUUGCUGAUGGUUUAGCUGUUGCAGUACAGGCAAUUCUAGCUUGUUCCUUUGCUGAGAAAGAUUAUGAAAAGGUGAUUGCUGCUGCAACACGAACACUACAGAUGAGUUUUGUUUUAGGAGUUGGACUCUCUCUUGCAGUUGGAGUUGGUUUAUACUUUGGAGCUGGAAUCUUCUCUAAAAGUGUUCUUGUUGUGCACUUAAUCAGACUAGGCCUCCCGUUUGUUGCUGCCACACAACCAAUCAAUUCAUUGGCCUUUGUCUUUGAUGGUGUGAACUAUGGGGCUUCUGAUUUUGCAUAUUCUGCAUACUCCUUGGUAACGGUGUCAUUAGCAAGUGUUGCUUCACUGUUCGUUCUCUCAAAGAGCAAAGGUUUCGUUGGGCUAUGGAUUGCACUAACCAUCUAUAUGAGUCUUCGCAUGUUUGCGGGUGUAUGGAGGAUGGGAACAGGAACAGGACCGUGGCGUUUUCUGAGAGGACGUUCAAUGUCUUCAUGA